AGGCACGACUAUGUUGUUUCUUCUAACCGUCCGAGGCUCCUCUCAUACAAGGUGGCUAGUUCUACAGUUUUACUUGCAGAGACAUGCCAGUCUCACCACAGAUAUCAGUCCGCCUUGCCAUAGCAUUCACCGUCUUGAAACACAAGCCGAAGGACCAGUCCAUCCCAAGCUAUCUACUCGACCUCCAGUCCCAUUUUCGACUGUCCGACGAUAGCCAGGCAACGUGCGAUGACGAUGCGUGGAGGAAUCAUGCGCUCUCGCUUGAAAAAGAACUUGAGUCCUUGAAACAAAAGCGAGAAGGAGAUGAAGAAGAACUCGUUCGUCUGCGGCAAAACGUGUCCAGAGACGUGCCAGGCGAACCGGACGCUGCUCCCCCCAAAAAGAAAACGAAGAAGACUGGUAAAGCUCCAGAGCUUCAACUUCAGGACGAUGACUGGGCUGCAAAACGGGAAGAACGCCUCAACGCAGUAGGCCAGUCAUUACCAUCCCUCACCGCAGCAUUCACUUCCCUCCGAAGCGUCCUCAGCUCAGUAGGUUCCCAGACAGGUGACGACGCAGCACCCAAUUCGCGUCUACUAGUUGCGAUCACACGGACAAUUGGCACCAUCGGCAAAUUCCUAGACCUCCAAAAUAUCUCAACAUCUUCUGUUCCAUCGGAACUCAACGAGUCGAGAAUCGCAAUGACCUCCCCACUCAUGGUGUACGUCUUACGCGUCGCUUUUCCAGCUCUCUUCCACCAAGGUAUCAGCAGUUCCAGCAGCACCGCUGUAUCCAGCCUCAUCGAUACCCUGUUCGUCCCUCUUGUCCGCAGCUUCACUCUCGUUUCCCGGGCAUACAUCAUGCACCAUCUAGACGUAAGCUCGGCAAAGAAGAAGUCAAAAAGCCGCAACAAAGGUAACGAGAAGGUGCCAAAAACACCCAGCCAGACACUCGUUUCCGAUGCUCGUAUGGAUAUCUUGGCUCUUCUCGGCGAGGCGCUGAACGCGUUGGACUCGAUAGUACCCCACUACUCUGGGUAUACCGCAGGCAUCAGGGAGCGCAUAGCAUUGGAGUCGAUUCGGGCGCUAGAAUUGCUGUACCCUACUGUCAGCGCUGACGGGUCCGUGGAUAGCAGCGUAACUCAGGAUGAAGCAUCUCGCGGUCCGGAAUCAUCGCAGGCGUCUCUUCCCCACAGACGGAGAACUGUGCUCAGUAGACAGGCCAGGCUCGAGGUUCUAGCACGGAAAGAUGCGACAUGGUAUCUGUGCCACAUACUCAACUCUUGCGCGAGCAGAGGCGGAGCGAAAGACGGGCUUGAUUCUAUGCUCAACGGCGCUCUUUUGGAUGGCGCUGCAAAAGUCGUAAAGACGUGCAUCUCGAUGGAUUGUGAUGGUGUUACACGAGCUGGCAGGAGGUGCGUUAUGGACGUGGUAUGCCGAAAUAUGGUCUUGGCUGCCUGUGAAAAGAUAGUUGGUGCCCCACCUCAAGAGAACCCUGGGCUGUAAUGUAAAAAUCGAUCGAUUCCGCAGGUCAUAACCCGUGUUAACCGAUCAAGUUUGUACUCGUUUCGUACUUCUCUCGUCGGAUGUUUUGUGUAACAGGCUCAUUUUCUUGUUACAAAUGUAACUGUACAAUCACGAAAGAUAGCUCACAAUUUAGGUAUUACUUAGCCUUUGUUGUAUCAUUUAGGUAAACUG